AUGAAUUUAUCAUUGCUAGGAAGAAUCGGAGUGAUUAAGAUGAACAUAUUGCCAAAAGUGUUCUUUUUAUUUCAGUCAGUACUGGUCAUAAGUAGUGCAGCAUGCUUCAAGAAAUGGCAAAAGGAUAUUACAAAAUUUAUAUGGAAAGGGAAGAAACCAAGAAUAAAACAUAAAUUACUUAUGGAUAUUAAAGACAGUGGAGGUUUCUCCCUCCCAGAUUUUAAAUUAUAUUAUGAAGCCGCUUGCAUUGCUUGGAUCUGGGACUGGAUCAAAUUAGAAAAUACAGAUAUAUUAGAAUUAAAAGGACAUGACAACAGAUUUAGAUGGCAUGCGUACUAG